AUGCCUUCUGUUCUCUUGCUCGGAGCCGGGUUCGUCGCCCGACCGACCUUAGAUAUCCUCAGUGAAUCCGGGAUCCCCGUGACUGUCGCUUGCAGAACCAUCGAGACCGCCAACAAGCUCUCCGAGGGUGUCAAGCUCGCCACCCCCGUCUCACUCGAUGUCAACAACGAACAGGCUCUUGACGCCGCCGUCGCCAAGCAUGACUUGGUUGUCAGCUUGAUUCCCUACACAUUCCACGCAGUUGUCAUCAAGUCCGCUAUCCGCAACAAGAAGCACGUUGUGACCACCAGCUACGUCUCACCCGCCAUGAUGGAGCUCGAUGCCGAAGCCAAGGCAGCAGGCAUCACCGUCAUGAACGAGAUUGGGUUGGACCCUGGUAUUGAUCAUCUCUAUGCUGUCAAGACCAUCAGCGAGGUUCACCGGGAGGGCGGCAAAAUCCUAGAGUUCAAGAGCUACUGCGGCGGUUUGCCCGCGGCCGAAGACUCUGACAACCCUCUCGGUUACAAGUUCUCUUGGUCGUCGCGUGGCGUGCUGCUGGCCCUCCGCAACGUGGGCAAGUGGUGGCAGGAUGGUAAGAUUGUUGAGGUGCAAGGCAAGGACCUGAUGGGCACUGCAAAGCCCUACUACAUCUACCCUGGCUACGCUUUCGUUGCGUACCCCAACCGAGACUCGACGAUUUACAAGGAGCGCUACAACAUCCCCGAGGCCCAGACUAUCGUGCGUGGCACCCUGCGAUACCAGGGAUUCCCUCAGUUUAUCCGCGUGCUCGUAGAUCUCGGCUUCCUUGAGGAGACGCCGAUCGAGGCGCUCACCAAGCCAAUCUCAUGGCAGGAGGCCACAAAAGCCGUCGUCGGCGCCUCGUCAGCCAGCGCCGCUGAUCUCAAGUCCACAGUCCUCGCCAAGGCCAAGUUUGAUUCUCCCGAGGAGGAGCAGCGCAUCAUCAGCGGUCUGCAAUGGCUUGGCCUAUUCUCGGAAGAUACCAUCAUCCCCAGGGGCAACCCUCUGGAUACCCUUUGCGCGACACUGGAGCAGAAGAUGCAGUACGAGCAGGGCGAGCGCGAUCUGGUCAUGCUGCAGCACAAGUUCCUCAUCGAGCACAAGGACGGCCGCCGUGAGACCCGCACAUCCACCCUGUGCGAGAACGGCGACCCCAAGGGAUACUUUGCCAUGGCCCGUUUGGUCGGAGUCCCUUGUGCAGUUGCUGUUAAGAAUGUCCUCAACGGCACUAUUUCCGAGAAGGGUAUUCUUGCCCCCAUGACUGACGCCAUCAACGAGCCGCUCAUGAAGGAGCUUAAGGAGAAGUAUAACAUCGAGUUGCACGAGAAGACCAUCUCCAUCCAGUAA